AUGGCAAGGAUCGCAGAGGCUGUGCCGAGGGGCGGGCAGAGCAGAGACCAGGGCCGCCCGCUCGGCGCCCACGUCCAGGCGGCGCGGCCUGCUGCUGGCCGACUGAGCGCCGGGCUGACCGUCCUGGGCGGGGCUGGGGCCCUGCACGGCUCCCCAGCACCCCCGGUCCCGAGGCCGGCAUUUCAUGUCAUUGCUGGUGAAAUUGUCAACAGUGGAAACCCCCCUGUUUCUCGUUUCAGCUACUUGUACAAGAAUGAGAUCCAGUCAGUUGACAGGCAGGCGUUUAAGGGACUUGCCUCCCUAGAGCAACUGUACCUGCACUUCAACCAGAUAGAGACCCUGGACCCCGAGACCUUCCAGCACCUGCCCAAGCUGGAGAGGCUAUUCCUGCAUAACAACCGGAUCACACACUUGGCUCCCGGGACGUUCAGCCACCUGGAGUCCAUGAAAAGGCUGCGCCUGGACUCCAACGCGCUGCGCUGCGACUGCGGAACCCUGUGGCUGGCCGAGCUGCUCCGAGCCUACGCGCGGUCCGGGAACGCGCAGGCCGCUGCCACGUGCGAGCACCCCCGGCACGUGCAGGGGCGCUCCGUGGCCACCGUCACCCCUGAGGAACUGGACUGCGCGGCCAGCCCUGCACUGUCCCGCAGCAACGAGCUGAGCAUGCGCUCGGAUUCACGCCUCAACCUGCUGGGCGAUGGCACCCUGAUGAUCCAGAACACACGGGAGACGGACCAGGGCGUGUACCAGUGCAUGGCCAAAAACGCAGCAGGGGAGGCCAAGACGCAGGAAGUGACCCUCAGGUACUUUGGGUCCCCAGGUAGGUGGCGAGUGUCUCCCCCUGCCCUCCCCCGCCCCCCCGGCCGUGCCCCGCCCCACCCAGGCAGCCUGAGCAGCGGGUCAUGGUGUUUCCUGGCCAGGCACUGGUCGCGCUCAGCCACUCUCCCAGGACAGACGCGCAGAGGGGCAGGCCCAGCGGGCAUGCUGGGCUCGAAGCGUCCAGAGGACGCGUCUGCCCAGCAGCUGCCCAGGACCGUGGCCUUGCUGUCUGCAGCGCAGGCUGAUCUGCCGAGGGCACCGAGGAGCAUGUCCCCCUGGCCAGAGGCUGCGGGCCGAUCUGUGCCUGGGGCGCCCCUGCCCGUGUCUGGGGGGGCCUGGCCCGCCCGGGGACCCCGCCCUCCCGGCUCACCCUCGCUGUGUCCGUGGCCCUGGCUGUGCAGACCGCUUCCGCGGUUCACCGUGACCCCCCAGGACAGGGCUGUCAUCGAGGGGCAGACGGUCGACUUCCAGUGUGAGGCCGGGGGCCACCCGCAGCCGGUCAUCGCCUGGACCAAAGGAGGCAGCCAGCUGUCCGUGGACAGGCGCCACAUCGUGCUGUCGUCGGGGACGCUGCGGAUCUCGGACGUCCGGCUGCACGACCAGGGCCAGUACGAGUGCCAGGCCGUCAACAUCAUCGGCUCCCAGAGGGUCGUGGCCCAGCUGACCGUGCAGCCCCGAGCCCCAGUCCCCGACGUCAGCCGCAACGGGGACCCCUUUGUGGCCACGUCCAUCGUGGAGGCCAUCGCGACCGUGGACAGAGCCAUCAACUCCACCCGGACGCACCUGUUCCACAGCCGGCCGCGCUCCCCCAACGACCUGCUGGCCCUGUUCCGGUACCCGCGGGACCCCUACACGGUGGAGCAGGCGCGUGCCGGCGAGAUCUUCGAGCGGACGCUGCAGCUGAUCCAGGAGCACGUGCAGCACGGCCUCAUGGUGGACCUCAACGGGACCGGUCAGCACCCCUGGCUGCCCAAGGUGCUGGGCGAGGCCGGCAUGCGGCUGCUGGGCCCCUACCGCGGCUACCAGCCCGGCGUCAACGCCGGCAUCUUCAACGCCUUCGCCACGGCCGCCUUCCGCUUCGGCCACACGCUGGUCAACCCCGUGCUGCAGCGGCUGGACGAGCGCUUCCGGCCCAUCCCGCAGGGGCCGCUGCCGCUGCACAAGGCCUUCUUCGCGCCGGCGCGGCUGCUGGCCGAGGGCGGCAUCGACCCGCUGCUGCGCGGCCUCUUCGGGGUGCCCGGCAAGAUGCGGGUGCCCUCGCAGCUGCUCAACACCGAGCUCACCGAGCGCCUCUUCUCCAUGGCGCACGCCGUGGCGCUGGACCUGGCGGCCAUCAACAUCCAGCGCGGCCGGGACCACGGCAUCCCGCCCUACCACGACUUCCGCGUCUACUGCAACCUGUCGGCCGCCCACUCCUUCGAGGACCUGGCCAACGAGAUCUGCCCCCGCAGUCGCGUCGGGAAGCACAGUGAGCGCCCCGGCAACGUCACGGCCCCCUCCCUCGAACACCCGACAGUGCCAGGGGCCAGUGACUUCAAGGAGUUCGUUCUCGAGAUGCAGAAGACCAUCACGGACCUGAGGAGACAGAUCAAGAAGCUCGAGUCCCGGAUUAGCACCUCCGAGUGCGCAGACGCAGACGGCGAGCCCCACGCCGAGGGCGCCGCGUGGAAGAAGGACGCCUGCACCACCUGCGAAUGCCACGUGAGUGCAGCCCUUGCUGCGGUCCUCCGCGCGCUGGCGGCCCAACCAAGAGCUGUCCUUGGCCUCCCCAGUGGCCGCGGUGAAGGCUGUAGCCGCCUCCGGGAGGGCUGUCCUGGGGGUCCCCGCGGGCUGCUCUCUGUCCUCCUCCCUGAGGCCCCAAAGCCUCGCCGCCGGGGGAACUGA